CAUCCAAUGCGGACUUGUGGUGGGGGCGCGUCAGUGGUUUGUUAGGUGCUAUAGCCGUACCAAGAGAUCGCUGGUGGGGCGCCUGUAAAUUGUAAAUUGGCCCUGUGUCAGUGACGGAACCGAGCGCCGGCCGGAAGACGAGCUGAACUCUUUUUUCUUCAUUUCCUGCUCUGUACAAAAGUUGUUCGGUGACCGCCGCCAGCUGGCAGAAGCUUCUUUUACUUCCCCUCUUCUUUUGACCCUCUCUAUUUGUCCAAUUGGCCCUCAACAGGACAGUGUCUGCAACUUCUUCGGCUACCAUGAGCGCCGACUCUCCUACCAGUCCCGUCCAGCGCGACAACGCCGUCAUGGUCAAAGAUGGCGAUGUCGACGUCGAGGUGGCGCCCCAAGCCGCCCAGCGCUCCAAGAUGCAGCGCAUGUCCGACAUAUUCACGAUUCUCUGUGCCGGCUUCGCACUCAUCUCCGACGGCUACCAGAACAACCUGAUGACCAUGUCCAAUGUUCUCUUCAAGCAGGAAUACCCUACAGAGUACACCUCUGAUGUCAGCACCCGCGUCAGUAACGCUCUUCUUGUAGGUGAAAUUCUCGGACAGGUUGUCAUUGGUAUUACCUGUGACUACAUGGGCCGAAAGACAGCCAUCAUCUUGACCACCAUGCUCAUUGUCCUUGGUGGCAUCAUGGCCACUGCGUCCCACGGUACCACCAUUGACGGCAUGUUCUGGAUGCUCACUGUCAGCAGAGGCAUUGUUGGUUUCGGUGCUGGUGGUGAAUACCCAGCCUCGAGUACAUCCGCUUCCGAAGCUGCCAACGAGCACGUCCUGAGCCGCCGUGGUACCGUCUUCAUCCUCACCACCAAUUUGCCCCUCAGCUUCGGUGGACCAUUGGCAGUAUCCAUCUUCAUGAUUGUGCUUUCGGCCGCCGGUGCAGACCGUCUCUCGACAAUCUGGCGUGUCUGCUUCGGUAUCGGUGUCGUCCUGCCCCUCUCCGUCUUCUACUUCCGACUCAAGAUGCUCAACUCCAAGUUGUAUCGUCGCGGUGCCAUCAAGAAGCAAGUGCCCUACAAGCUCGUCUUCCGAUACUACUGGAAGACUCUCAUUGGUACCUGCGGUGCUUGGUUCCUGUACGACUGGGUUGCCUUUGCUAACGGUGUCUUUUCCGGAACCAUCUUGUCGUCCGUUAUUCCCAAGGGUGGCAACGUUUUGCUUCACACGGCUGAGUGGCAGCUACUGCUGGGUGUGAUUGCUCUUCCCGGUGUCUUCCUCGGUGCCAUUCUUUGCGACAAGGUCGGCCGAAAGAACAUUAUGAUGAUUGGAUUCUGCGGUUACAUUGUCUUUGGCCUUAUCAUUGGCUUAUCGUACGACCAGAUCAGCAAGAUUGUUCCCCUCUUCGUCAUCUUCUAUGGCCUCAUGGCCAGUAUGGGCAACUUUGGCCCCGGCAACAUGCUCGGGCUCUUGUCGUCGGAAAGCUACGCCACUAGCGUGCGCGGCACCUGCUAUGGCCUCAGUGCUGCUAUUGGUAAGGUUGGUGCUGCGUUGGGCACGCAGGCCUUCCGUCCCGUGCAGGACAACUUGGGCAAGAAGUGGACAUUCAUCAUCUCUGCCAUUGUUGGUGUCGUCGGCGUGGCUGUGACAUUCUUCUUUGUGCCCAACGUUACUGGCGAGGAUCUUGCUGUGCAGGACGAGAAGUUCCGCGCCUACUUGGUCGCCAACGGCUGGGACGGUGAGAUGGGCGAGGCUGAUCUCAAGGCCAUGGCCCACGAGACCGAGGAGGUUUCGGCAGAGGAUGAGACGAAGAAAUGA